AUGUCUUUGGAAAAAGAAGCUAGGAGUCAGUUCCAGUUCAAUUUCCCCGUUCCAGAUCUGUCUCUAUUACAAGACUUGGCCACUCGUAUGGAAGAUCAUGAUGGUUUUAGGAAGAGGUAUGGAAAUAUCUUAUCUUUGAUGAAAGUGAAAGUGGAUAACAUGGCUUUGAGGGUUCUUUCACAUUUUUAUGGCCCAACAUAUCAUUGUUUCACUUUCUCUGAUUAUCAAUUAUCCCCGACUCUCGAAGAAUUCGCUUACAUUGUGGGAAUUACGAUCCGUAACAAGGUCCCUUUUAUUGGAGGAGAGGAGGUACGAAAGUCCUAUGUUAUUGGGGAAUCUCCACAUGUUCCAAAGGGCGAAGUAGAAAAUGGCCUCACCACUAAAGGAGGAAUUUCCGGUUUCCCCAUCAAGUAUUUAGUGGAAAGAGCUUCACAUUAUGCCAACAUGGGGAGUAAUGAUGUAUUUGAGGCAAUCUUGGCCUUGAUGAUUUAUGGGAUUCUACUCUUUCCAAGCUUCAAAGACUUUGUCGAUAUGGAUGCUAUUCGGGUUUUCAUGACUGGUAAUAUGGUUCCUACUCUUCUAGGAGAUGUCUAUUACUUCAUCCACUUUAGGACCGAGAAGAAAGGUGGAUGGGUCCGUUGUGGUGCACCUAUAUUGUACAAGUUUUUUAUUUCGCACUUGCUGCAGUCCACUCUCUACAACAAGGAAAUCUCAUGUGGUCAAAAAAGCUUAUGGCUCUUACUAUUAGGGAUAUACAUACUGUCAGUUUGGCUAUUCCUGGAUGAUAAGCCUAAGUCUGUUUUGGUUACUCCUGUUAUCAUUCGAGAAGGUGAAGAGAAUGUGAAUAUUAGAAGGGAUGUUGUGAAGGCUUGGUCUCAUAUUUCUCGUAAGAAAAACUCCGAGUUAGGUCCUCAAAACUGUGUGGCAAAAGAGCCUUAUACCACUUGGGUUAAAAGUUGGGCUUCCAAGUACAAAAUGCCAUACCUACCUCCACCACCUCUGGGUAGCGAGCUCGUGAAACCUGCUCAUGACUCUUUUGAGGAAUUCAAGAAGCUAAAGGAAGAGAACGCCCAAUUAGUGAAAUAUAGAGACAUUUGGGAGAACAAAUUCUACUUUGCUAAUGGGGAAUGUGUAGGUGCUUAA